CCUGAGCCCUCCGUGUCUCAUUCCACCACGGUCAAGCCUGCCGGCGGAGUUCCUGUUCUAUAGCUUCACUUUAAUCAUUUCAUUUGGAAACUUGAAACGGACAUUUAUAUUUAUAACAAACGUCGUUUUAUUUAUUUAAAGUAAACGCAAUCGCCCGAGCUAACUUUUACAGAAAUAAUCCCCCAUUGCUCUCUUUAGUUAUGAGUCAUGUGGUCGUUGAUAAUCCACACGGUCUAGAUCAGCAGCUUGCUGGACUGGACUUGAACUCUCCUGACGGACAAGGCGGAGGAACUGGCAGACGUUACAUUCCACCUCACUUGAGAAACAAAGAUGCACCUAAAAACGUGGGAAAUGCUUAUUCCGCUGGUAGACAGUACGGUUAUUCAGUGGCACCAGUAAAUCUCUAUACGCCUGGAUGGGACGGUGGACGCGGCAAUGGAUUUGUGAAUGGUUACCACGACAAUCGCACAAAUGGGGGCUUUGGAGGGCGGGGACCCCCUUGCAAUGACAAUGGUGGGCGUGGCGCCUACCGCGGUAACAGGGGUGGAGGCCCGUUUAAUCAACCAUUGCAAAAUGCAGGAUUUGGUGGUGAAGGCGGCGGCGGUGGCGGCGGCGGCAACUGGGCUGGAGCUCCUCGGGAUGCUGCCUACAACAGCUUCGGUGGACGUACUGAUCAACGGUCAAAGUCUACCUUCUUCAAUGACCGUGGGUCAAGCUCAAGGGGAAGAUAUGAGCGUGGGGGCUCUUCUGGUGGAGGAAGCAACCGGUGGGGGGACGACUCCAGAGAUGAUGAUUGGUCCAAGCCCACUGCGCCCAACGAGCGCCAGGAACAAGAGCUUUUCGCUGCAAGCAACACUGGGAUAAACUUUGAGAAAUAUGAUGAUAUUCCCGUGGAGGCCACCGGUAGCAACUGCCCACCCCACAUUGACAGCUUCCAUGAUGUGGACAUGGGGGAGAUCAUCAUGGGGAACAUCAACCUGACUCGCUACACUUGUCCCACCCCGGUUCAGAAGCAUGCUAUCCCCAUCAUCAAGUCUAAGAGAGACUUGAUGGCUUGUGCCCAGACUGGGUCCGGUAAGACUGCUGCUUUCUUGCUGCCAGUGCUGAGUCAAAUUUACAACGAGGGGCCAGGAGAGGCCAUGCAGGCCUCCAAGAACAAUGGACAGGAUAGUGGAAGGUAUGGCCGCCGUAAGCAGUACCCACUCGCCCUUGUUCUGGCUCCCACCAGAGAGCUCGCCUUGCAGAUCUACGAUGAGGCCAGAAAGUUUGCCUAUCGUUCACGUGUGCGUCCCUGCGUGGUAUAUGGCGGUGCGGAUAUUGGACAGCAGAUCAGGGAGCUGGAAAGAGGAUGUCACCUGCUGGUGGCCACACCUGGACGUCUGGUUGACAUGAUGGAAAGGGGCAAGAUCGGUCUGGAUUAUUGCAACUUCUUGAUCCUGGAUGAGGCUGACCGCAUGUUGGACAUGGGUUUUGAGCCACAGAUCAGACGCAUUGUGGAGCAGGAUACAAUGCCACCUAAAGGCAUCCGCCAGACCAUGAUGUUCAGUGCCACCUUCCCCAAGGAGAUUCAGAUCCUUGCUCGUGACUUCCUGGAGGACUACAUUUUCCUGGCAGUGGGCCGUGUCGGUUCCACUUCAGAAAACAUUACCCAGAAGGUGGUUUGGGUCGAAGACACAGACAAGAGGUCAUUCCUUCUCGAUCUGCUCAAUGCCACAGUUAUUCCCAGUGAGGUUCCGGAAAGUGUACCUGACGCCCCAGAGAAACCCGUCAAAGAGGCGUUAACUCUGGUGUUUGUGGAAACCAAGAAAGGAGCAGAUGCCCUGGAAGACUUCCUUUACCACGAGGGAUACGCCUGCACCAGCAUCCACGGAGAUCGAUCCCAGAGGGACCGAGAGGAAGCUCUGCAUCAGUUCCGGUCUGGACGCUGCCCCAUCUUGGUGGCCACAGCUGUGGCUGCCAGAGGUUUGGACAUCAGCAAUGUGAAGCAUGUCAUUAACUUUGAUUUGCCCAGUGACAUUGAGGAAUACGUUCACCGUAUUGGCCGUACGGGACGUGUGGGCAACCUUGGUCUGGCCACGUCGUUCUUUAACGACAAAAACAGCAACAUAACCAAAGAUUUGCUGGACAUUUUGGUGGAGGCCAAACAGGAGGUUCCCUCCUGGCUUGAGAGCCUGGCCUACGAGCACCAGCACAAGAGCACCACCCGUGGUGGGCGCUCCAAGAGGUUCUCUGGUGGUUUCGGAGCUAGAGACUACCGUCAGACGCCUGGUGGUGGCCCUGGAAACUUCGCUAGCAGCCGAGGUGGCGGACGCAGCGCUGGAGGCCAUGGAGGAAGUCGUGGCUUUGGCGGCGGUGGAGGCGGUGGAGGAGGUGGCGGCGGUGGCUUUGGCGGCAACUUCUACAACAAUGACGGCUAUGGAGGGAAUUAUAGCAACUCUGGUAGUGUGGAUUGGUGGGGCAACUAGUCGCCAUAGGAACAGGUUGCCAUGCCAACCCAAGGGAAACCACAUGUUAACUUAAGCCAGACCAUAACAACCCUCCCUGUGUAGCUUCACUGACACACAGUACAUUACCAACCCUGGUUCUCUGCCAUUUGCUUCUCUCAAAAAGGAAGUGCAGCACGACGCUAAGGAAAGUCACCAGCACGUGCAAUGCACCGGAGAACGCAGAGAUUCGCACACCUCAGAGUGAGCAUGGAUGCUGACAUGCAUUGUCCGAUAGCAACUUCGGGCUUUCAUUGUUAAAAGUAUUUUUGUUCUUUUUGUGGAAGAAAAAAAAACAAAACAAAAAAAAAAACAAUCGAUUAACCUGAGGAUCAUUUGUAUGUUAAUGUACUGUGCCUUUGGAAUUUAGACAGGAAAUCUAUGUUUUCAUUUCACCAGAUGAACAUGGCCAAGAGCUCUAAAUUUGAUUUUACUAUUUUGUUUGGUGAAAAAAAAUAUUAGAAAGGUAAAAUAAGCUUGGACUUAAUCAAACCUUGGCAAACACUGGGGUAUUGUGGCGCUGAGUCAUGAUUCCAUUUGAACUUCAAAAUUUAUUGCAGGAACAUCAUGUAGCCUUUUCUAUAGUCAAACAGCAAUGGAGCCAUUACUAUGUCUAACACAAACUGGGCCGCUCUGUGAGGCAACUGUAUUUUAAUCCUAAGGGACAAAGUUACAUUUCGUUUUUCUUUUUUCUUUUUUGCUCACUCUAUCCUGGACAGGCUCCUUUUUAUGGAUAUGAUAGUCUUUGAAAUAGCCAUUCCUAUUGUAAUCUUAAGAAACACAUAAGUCAUUAAGCUCAGUGCCAACGAUUGCUGAGGUUUAAACGAGAAUAAUCACUGCUGGAACUUGUUACUCCACACUUUUAAAUUGACUUGACAGUGUUACGGCAGCUAGUACGUUAGCAAGUGCUAGCUAUGUUAAGUGGGCGGUGUUUUUUGUUUAUUUUUACUUGAGACAUUUUUGGUGCAGGUGUGUGCAAAAUUGAAAAACUGAGUCAGUUUUUUGAUUUUUGAAUUGUUUCUCUACAAAUAUGUAUCAAAACAAAAAAUGCCUGCCAUCUUGAAAGUGAAGUUCAAAAUGGCUGCAUAAAGGACCACAGCAUCGGGAGGGCAUAGCGUGGUGUUAGUGUUUACUGAAUCGACCGGCAACCACGAGGCCCAGAUGGUAUUCUACGCUUGCAAGUGUUUUGUUUUUUGGUCAAGGAGGAAAGACACGUGAACUGAGUCGCAGGCUUAACUUAAUUACAAACGUUUUCUCUUUUCAAGCUGCGUUGGAGGCAUGGUUCAUCUUAAAGAGACAGGCAUUUGAGUGAUCACUGAGGUUUAUCAAUUAAACAGCGGGUUAGAGCAGCACUUCGACCACUGGGGGGGGGUUUAGGAGAACGGGGUAGACGCGGCUUUCAGUGCACCGCUAUCGCCGGUGGCUUUGGUUUCCCAUUGCUGCGUAGUAUAACUGUGGAGGGGGCCAAAGACUGGGGGAGGGGAGGGAGUGCCCACCUUCCUUAUGGAACAUUUCAGUACUGUCAGGUCCUCUGAGAGUUUAUCUGCUCAGACGUAUACAAAAUCUGUGGCUUUGCCAAGCCAGAGCAGGCUUUUCCUCUCAAAGAGGAGCAGCCAUCGAGAGGAGGAGAGAUGGGGCGUUUCACCUCAAAAUGCUCCCAAUUUUCUCAUCGGGUGUGUUGUGCCUUGAAACCUUUUUUUUUUUUUUUUUUAAGAUACUGAACUAUAAGCGGAUGCACUGACAGUGUUGAGAACUUGAGAUUGAAUGGUGCUACUUGAUUUAAGUGUGUAGGCCCUUGUUCGUCGUGCCCAUCAAGUUUUACAAAGUUCUUUUAUUGCACAUCUAGAGUUUUAUAUAGAUGUCUUGGAUAUGUGUCCUUAAGCUUCCAAAUAUUGUGUGUGAGGAGAUUGUGAAAAACGCAGCUUGUUUACAAAGGGGACAGGUUCUAAACGUUUAAACCAGGAUUUAUUUGGGACCAGGGGAUUUAGCAGUUGGGGGGGAAUUUAGCCAUUUGCACAGAUUUCUAGAUUCUACUUUUGCUGCUAGUUUUGUGUAAUUUAUUAAGCAUUUUUGACAAAUAUUUAUUUUUGUAAGCCUCAAAGUGAUUCUUUGAAAGUUUCAGUAACUUGACCAAAAGACAGUACAAAAAACACUGGCACUUGAAUGUUGAAUGUCACCUGUUUGCGUGAAAUUUAUAUAUUUCGGGGUAGUGUGAGCUUUUUAAUGUUUAAGAUACAUUGGACUCAGUAAAUAAUAUCCACAGCUGUUUCAGGGCCUCCUCGUGGCCAGUCAUCUCUUAGAUUCUAUUAAUUGGUCAACAAAAUUUGAAAUGGAAUUGAACAAACAUGCCAAGGUUUGGAAUAUAGCUGUCAAAAUAGCAAAAAAGAAACUCUUAAGCAUAUCAGUGCUGAAGUGUUCAGAUUCUCCAAUUGUGUGCAUUAUUGAUUCUCUAAUUUGACCUGAUUAUUUUUCUCCAGUGAAUGUCUGGCACAUGGCAAUCCUUAAAGAAACAAACAUGUGGUUUAUUCUCAUUGUUGUAUUUGCAUAUAUGAAACCUCUGGAGUUCUCUUUGAAUGUGACUCACGUCUGCAGAAUUGAUUUUUUUCCAAGUCAGCUGUUGGAAUUUGCUUGAGACGAACAGGAGGUUCUGUGCAGGUUGUUGCAGGCAGAACCCAAGACGUGCUCCACGUUCUCCAGGGAACUCCAGAGCUCCUUAGACGUAGACUUUGCUUUCUGUAUUAGCUGAUAGGCUACUGCACCGCAUGGGAAAUACUCAGCUGUGCAAUUGUAUGAUUUUACCAAAAUAAAAUGUUCUGAAUGCAAAAAAAAAAGUAUCUGGAAAAAUCCAGCACGUUUCAU